GUUGCCUGAGAGUUAGGUAUUGAGAUGACCUCCUAGACUUAUUUUCAUCGUCAUUUGCGGCUUCUGUCUUUUCAGUAGGUCGCUGUCCGGCGUCCCACCAUGGCUUCCAGACGAGCGCUCCUCGCGGCUCUCCGCACCGCUUCCCGCCGCUCCCAACCGACUAAGUACGGAACCACCGCCAACCGCUUCUUUUCCUCCGCCGCCUCCACCCCCGCCUCCCGCUCUCCCGCCAUCGCAAACGCCCUCCUCCGCGGAAGCUCGCUCGUAAACCAGGGAACCACCGGCCGCCAUGUCCCCGUCCGCUCAUUCGCCGCGGAAGCCGCCGCCGUUGCGGAAACCACCCCGGAGGACUUUACCGGCGCAGGCAGCAUUGGGCACAUCGCGACCGUUAUCGGAGCCGUCGUGGACGUUAAGUUCGACAAGGGCCUGCCGCCUAUUCUGACGGCGCUGGAGGUGCAGGGGCACUCGAUCCGCGUGGUUCUAGAGGUGGCGCAGCAUCUGGGGGAGAACACCGUCCGUACGAUCGCCAUGGAUUCUACUGACGGGCUCGUGCGCGGCCAGCACGUGCUCAACACCGGAUCUCCUAUCACGAUCCCCGUGGGUCGCGCGACUCUCGGUCGCAUCAUGAACGUCAUCGGCGAGCCCAUCGACGAGAAGGGCCCUCUCGAGUCACCCCACAGCCUGCCUAUCCAUCGCGAGGCACCGCUCUUCACCGAUCAGAGCACCGAGCAGGAGAUUCUCGAGACCGGUAUCAAGGUCGUGGAUCUGCUGGCGCCGUACCAGAGGGGAGGCAAGAUCGGUCUGUUCGGCGGAGCAGGAGUGGGCAAGACGGUGCUCAUUAUGGAGCUCAUCAACAACAUUGCUAAGGCGCAUGGUGGUUUCUCUGUGUUCGCCGGAGUGGGGGAGCGCACCCGAGAGGGCAACGACCUGUACAAGGAGAUGAUUGAGUCGGGCGUCAUCAAGCUGGGCGACAAGCAGCUGGAGAGCAAGUGCGCGCUGGUGUACGGGCAGAUGAACGAGCCCCCCGGUGCGCGCGCGCGCGUGGGGCUGACGGGGCUGACGGUGGCGGAGCACUUCCGCGACUACGAGGGGCAGGACGUGCUCUUCUUCGUCGACAACAUCUUCAGGUUCACGCAGGACGUGCUCUUCUUGGUGGAUAACAUCUUCAGGUUCACGCAGGCCAACUCCGAGGUGUCUGCGCUGCUGGGUCGCAUUCCCUCAGCUGUGGGGUACCAGCCCACUCUCGCCACGGAUCUGGGAGGGCUGCAGGAGCGAAUCACGACCACCAAGAAGGGCUCCAUCACGUCGGUGCAGGCCAUCUACGUGCCCGCUGACGAUCUCACUGAUCCCGCUCCUGCCACCACGUUUGCGCAUCUUGACGCCACCACUGUGCUGUCGCGCCAGAUCUCCGAGUUGGGUAUCUACCCGGCCGUGGAUCCCCUCGACUCCUCGUCUCGCAUGCUCUCCCCCUCCAUCCUGGGCUUGGAGCAUUACAACUGCGCUCGUGGCGUGCAGAAGGUGCUGCAGGACUACAAGAACCUCCAGGACAUCAUUGCCAUUCUGGGAAUGGACGAGCUCAGUGAGGAUGACAAGCUCGUGGUGGCCCGCGCGCGCAAGAUUCAGCGCUUCCUGAGCCAGCCCUUCCACGUGGCCGAGGUCUUCACGGGCUCCCCAGGCAAAUACGUGGAUGUGAAGGAGAGCAUCACCAGCUUCCAGGGUGUGUUGGACGGCAAGUACGACGAUCUGCCAGAGCAGGCGUUCUACAUGGUGGGCGGCAUCGAGGAGGUGGUGGCUAAGGCUGAGAAGCUCGCCAAGGAGCUCAGCUCCUAGGCUGUUGCUGCCGCUACAUUGUGCUAGUGGUGGUGACGCUAAUGGUGGCAUCGGUCGCUCAUUUUUCUGGGUGGAUCUGAUGUGAAUGGUGGAAAUUGGUUACCACAUCAGCAGUAGUGCGAUGGUCCAAUAACAGUACAGCAGGUCAUGAAAGCCUUGGAUUCUUCCAUUUCAUUUCUCAUACAUAAGUAGUCUGAUUCGAGGUUAUAAACUUAUCUGCUGUGAUUUGCCUGAGCCUGCGUAAUGCAUGGCUGUUGGGCUUUCUGUAGAAUGCCUCUCUAGAAAUGAUGUUGACUCUUCGCAAAGAACCUGUUCACAGCUGUUCCUAAAC